AUGGAUAAGCCGGUGAUUGUAAAGGAGAGCACCGAUUCUGAGGGUGUGGACACUGAUCUCAUGUCUCGCAUCAUCCCCAUCUUGGGUGCCGGCAACUUGAAGAAGCUUAUGGGCCUGAAGGUCCUCAUCUCGGGCAUCAGUGGCCUCGGUGCCGAGAUCGCCAAGAACCUCAUUCUCACUGGUCUGGGUGUUGUCACCAUCCACGACACUGAGAAGGUCGACUGGAUCGAUCUUUCCUCUCACUUCUACCUCACUGAGGCGGAUAUUGGAAAGAACCGAGCUGAGGCUUCCAAAGCCAAGCUGGCCGAACUCAAUCCCUACGUCAAAGUGAACCUUUCCACUGAGCCCCUCACGGACGACUACCUCAACCAGUUCCAGGUCGUGGUGUGCGUCGACUACACUUCGGAGGAGAAGCUGCUGCACGUCAGCGAGUACUGCCAUGCGCAUGACCCCGCCAUUGUCUUCAUCAAGGCCGAUAUCCGCGGUCUCUUCUGCAGCGUCUUCUCUGAUUUCGGACCCAAGCACGUCAUUUACGAUAAGACUGGCGAGGAGCCCAGGCAGGCCAUCAUCACCUCCAUCUCCAACAGCAACCCUGCUGUGAUCACCACACACGAGGAGAAGCCUCACGGUCUGGGCGAGGGCGACUACGUCGAGUUCUGCGAGGUCAAGGGCAUGGUGGAAAUUAACAAUCCCGACAGGGACAGCGAAGAGGCUGGCGAGAAGAAGGAGGUCAGCCCCCUCGCCGCCGUCAAGGUCCUCUCGACUAAGGGUCUUUACGGUCUUGAGGUUGAGCUGGACACCACCAACUUCCAGCCCUACAGCGGCGGUGGCCUGAUCAACCAGAUCAAGGUUGAGGAGCACGUGUCCUUCAAAUCCUAUCGUGAGUCGCUGGAGCACCCGGGCGAGUUCAUGAUCUCCGACUUUGCCAAGUUCGGUCGUGCCGAGCAGCUGCACUUUGGCUUCCAGGCGCUGCACAAGUUCCAGGCCAAGCACUCGGCUCUGCCCGAGCCCGGCAAUGCCGAGCACGCCGCCGAGGUCGUCCAGAUCGCCAAGGACCUCAACGCCAACGCCAAUCAGGGCACCCACAAGGUCGAGGAGAUCGAUGAGAACCUCAUCUCCAAGCUGGCCCUCACUGCUCGCGGUAACCUCAACCCGAUGGCCGCCUUUGUCGGUGGUAUCGUGGCCCAGGAGGUGAUCAAGGUCACGGGCAAGUUCAACCCCGUCACCCAGUGGUUCUACUUCGACUCGCUUGAGUGCCUUCCCGAGCAGCCCGUCAGCGUGCCCAAGCUCGAAGGCACCCGCUACGACGGCCAGAUCGCGGUCUUUGGCACCGACUUCCAGAAGCAGCUGGGUAACCUCCAGCUGUUCCUGGUCGGUGCUGGUGCUCUUGGUUGCGAGUUCCUCAAGAACUUUGCGCUGAUGGGCAUCUCCGCGGGCGAGGAGGGCCUGCUCUCGCUCACCGACAUGGACAACAUCGAGAAGAGCAACCUCAGCAGGCAGUUCCUCUUCAGGGACUCGGACAUCGGUAAGAUGAAGUCAGCCUGCGCCUCGGCCGCCGCCAAGAAGAUGAACCCCAACCUCCGCAUCAAGGCCUCGGAGGUGCCCGUGGGCGAAGACACCGAAGACACCUGGAAUGACACCUUCUGGUCGGGCCAGGACCUCGUGGUCAACGCCCUCGACAACAUCAAGGCUCGUCUCUACGUUGACUCGCAGUGCGUGCGCUACCUCAAGCCGCUCCUCGAGUCCGGUACCCUGGGCACCAAGGCCAACUCGCAGGUCAUCGUCCCCCGCAUGACCGAGUCCUACGGCUCGUCCCGCGACCCUCCCGAUACCGCCAUCCCCAUGUGCACCCUCAAGAACUUCCCUCACCAGAUCGAGCACACCAUCGAGUGGGGGCGUGACAAGUUCGCGGGCUACUUCACCAACGCCGUCGAGGACGCCAACAACUGGGUCUCGGGCAGCGACUUCUUGGACAGGAUCAAGCAGGUCGAGUCCUACGCGGCCAAGAAGGAGAGGCUUCAGUCGUGCCUGCAGCUGCUGAAGCUGUACAACUACGGCAAGGCCGACUUCCAGACUUGCGUUGAGUGGGCUCGUCUGCAGUUCGAGGAGCUAUUCCACAACACCAUCGCCCAGCUGCUCUACAAUUUCCCUCUCGAUGCCACCACCUCCACCGGCGCGCCCUUCUGGUCGGGUCCCAAGCGUCCCCCCACGCCUCUUAAGUUCGACCCGAACAACGCCACCCACCUGGACUUCAUCAUUGCCGCUGCCAACCUCCUGGCCUUCAACUUCCACGUCCCGCAAGUCAGGGAUAAGGAUCAGGUCAAGGAGAUGGUGGGCAAGGUGCACGUGCCUCCCUUCUCCCCUCAGCAGGGAGUCAAGAUCAAGUCCGGCGAAACCGACACCACCGAGGAGGGAGCCGAAGACGACGAGCAGAAGGUCGCCAACCUGAUCGCCGAGUUGGGCCAACUCGACAAGGCCAAGUACCCCGUCGGCGAGAGCGGUCGUUGCUUCGAGCCGGCUCAGUUCGAGAAGGACGACGACUCCAACUACCACAUCUCCUUCAUCACCCAGGCGUCGAACCUGCGUGCGGCCAACUACAAGAUCCAGCCGGCCGACUUCCACAAGACCAAGAAGAUCGCUGGUCGCAUCAUCCCGGCCAUCGCCACUACCACGGCCAUGAUCACCGGCCUCGUGGGCCUCGAGCUGUACAAGGUCGUCCAGGGCGCGUCGGUGCCCAUUGAGCGCUACCGCAACUCUUUCGUCAACCUGGCGCUGCCCUCGUUCGUCCAGUCGGAGCCCAUGCCCUGCACCAAGAACAAGUCCGACCCGGCCAAGGGCCUCAAGUACUACCCCGAGGGCUGGACCCUGUGGGACAACUUCGUCAUCGACGAGGGCGACAUCACGUUCCAGCAGCUCCUCGAUCUCUUCAAGGCCAAGCACAACCUUGAGGUGACCAGCGUGAGCUGCGGCACCACGCUCGUGUACAACCCGUACUUCCCCAACCACAAGAACCGUCUCGGCACCAAGAUCUCCGAGUUUGUGCGCACGAGUGUCCCCUCCUACGACCUCAAGGACACCGACAAGCACAUGUACAUUGUGGUCCUGACCGAAGACGAGGAGGGCAAUGACGUGGAGAUCCCCGAUCCCGUCAUCCUCAAGUUCAAGUAA